CGUGUCCAGGCAGCGCGCAGCGGCCCGCCACUGCCCGUGGGGAUCCCACCAAGGAGCAGGGGGGCAAGUGCCAGGCCACACCAUGUCCGCCUUGCUGGAGGUGAAGAGCAGCGUGAUGCGCCAAGUGCAGGGCCGCCCUGCCGCCCGCCGCCGGCCCGACCAGCCCGACGCCCAGGAGCCGGCCCCUGGGGCCCGGGGACCUGGGAGCAGCGCUGAAGCCUUGGACCUCUUCGCGCAGAUGCGCCGGGUGCUGAGGAAGGGGGAAGGCCGGCGGGGACUGCCGCGCCCCGAGGUGGUCCUGCGCAGUGGCUCGCCCCCGCCAGCGGAACCGGUAGACCCCGCCCGCGGCCUGAGAGCGCUGUCCCAGGAGGAGGUGGAGAUGCUGUACGAAGAAGCCUUGUACACAGUCCUUUACCGCGCUGGGACCAUGGGGCCUGACCAAGUGGAUAACCAGGAGGUCCUUUUGGAGUACCUGCGGCAGGUGUUUGACACCAGCCCCGAGGAACACUGCAAAGCCUUGGGGCACGUGCAGAAGGCCAAGCCCCCCACCUAUGCCCUGAAAGUGUCUGUCGUGCAAGCCAAGAACCUGCUGGCUAAGGACCCCAAUGGCUUCAGUGACCCCUACUGCAUGCUGGGCAUUGUGCCGGCCUCGGGGGCUCCCCGGGAGCCGGGUCCUCACAGAGAGCAGCGCUUCAGCUUCCACAAGGGAAGCAAGAGGGGCAGCCCCCCGCCCACCAAGUGGGUGCAGGUCACCGAGGUCAAGAGCAGCACACUGAACCCAGUCUGGAAGGAGCACUUCCUCUUUGAGAUCGAGGAUGUUGGCGGGGACCAACUGCACCUGGACAUCUGGGACCAUGAUGACGAUGUGUCCCUGGCGGAGGCCUGCAGGAAGCUGAAUGAAGUCAUCGGCUUCAAGGGUAUGAGCAGGUAUUUCAAGCAGAUUGUCAAGUCGGCUCGAGCAAACGGGACAGCAGGGCCCACCGAGGACCACACGGAUGACUUCCUGGGGUGCCUUAACAUCCCCAUCCGGGAGGUGCCAGUGGCAGGCGAGGACCGCUGGUUCCGGCUGGAGCCGCGCUCCAGCGCCUCCCGUGUGCAGGGGGACUGCCAGCUGGUCCUGAAGCUGAUCACCAGGCAGAGGGACACCGCCAUGAGCCAGCGUGGGCGCUCAGGCUUCCUGUCAUACCAGCUGCUGCUUGGAUGGCUGCUGCAGUUUGAGCUCAGAGCAGAGCAGGCCAGCCCCGGCAGCUGGCAGGGAACGCUAAGUGGAGCAGCGGCCACUGUCCUCUGCCUGCACGGGGCCCAGAACGAUCUGUCUCCACUGCAGCUGGCUGUAUUGCACUGGCAAGUUAGUAGCCGCCACCAUCAGUCCUGCACCCUGGACUAUGGCUACCUGCUGGGGCUGCUGGAGGACAUGCAGACCCUAUGGGAGGAGGUGGCCACAUUGCCCCAGGACCAGGUGGAGAGCCUGGCCGACAGCUUCUCGGCCUUUUCCGAGUUCGGGCUGCAGCUGCUGCGCGGGCUUCGAGUCUACUUUCCCGCGGCCAACAGCAGGGCAGUGGACCGCCUGGAGCUGCUGCUGAGGUGUCUCGGCAAGUUGCAGCUCUUCCGGCUUCCUCUGGAGAACUGCCCUUUCGCGAAGGAGCUGAGCGUGGACAUCGCUGCCGCUCUCAAGAGGGGCAAUCGCGAGUGGUACGACAGACUCCUGGACGCCAAGAGUCCUCGCGAGCAGCCAGGGCAACAGCGCCUUGCCGGGCUGGUGGAGCUGGCUGAUUGCAUCUAUGAAGAUCUGCAGUCCUGUUACAGCGCCUACGCCAGCAUCUUCCACAGCAUCGUCAGGACAGAUUUCUUCAGCAUGACCUUCCAGCAGCUGGAGCAGUUGGUGGCGGAGGAGGCACGAGUGCUGACCGAGGAGCUGAGCCCCGGGAUGACCCUGGAGGUGGCCUCAGGGCUCUUUGAGCUCUACCUGACCCUGGCCGACCUCCAGCACUUCUGGGACUGCAUCCCGGACCGGGAUGCCCGUGCCCUGGCUCUCAAGGGCAUCCACACCCAGUUUCUGCCCGCUACGAAGCUUUGGCUGCAGGCACUGAGGGACCAGGUCAAAUGCAGGCUUCAGAGCGCCGUGGAGGGGGACACGCUGGAGCCCACGGAUGCCUUGUCCAAGCACAGCAGCUCUGCCACCACGGUCAGCCUAUGCUUCAGCCACACCCAGGAGCUGUGGGUGCGCCUCGCAUGGCCAGAUCCAGCCCAGGCUCAAGAGCUGGGCACCCAGCUCAGCCAGGAUCUGUGUGAGGCCACACUCUUCUACACAGAGCAGCUGCGUAGGAAGGCGGAUGCGGAGCUGGGGACCGCUGGCGGGGCCCUGAGUGAGCAGCUCUGUGUGGUCCUCAACAACGUGGAGCACGUGCGCAAGACAGCGGGACAGGUGCUUCGAGGCCUGGCCUGGCCAGCUGGGCCCAGACCACUGCAGGGUGCUCUCCCGCGGCCCCUGCUGAGCUGUUCGCAGGCCCUGGAUGAGGACCUGCAGCGGGAGGCGCACACGGUUACAGCACACUUGACCUCGAAGAUGGUGGGGGACAUCAGGAAGUUUGUGCGGCACGUCGGCCUCUCCCCUGACUCGAUUCAGAAUGAAGAGGCCGUGGCCCCACUCCUCAAGUACCUGGAUGAGAAGCUGGUGCUGCUGAACGCCUCCCUGGUGAAGGAGAACCUGGGCAGGGUGCUGGAGGCCCUCUGGGAGCUUCUGCUCCAGGCCAUCCUUCAGGCGCUGGCAGCCAACCGGGAUGUCUCUGCGGAUUUCUAUGAGCGCUUCCACUUCACCCUGGAGGCCCUUGUCAGCUUUUUCCACGCAGAGGGCCAGGGUCUGCCCCUGGAGAGCCUGAGGGACGGGAGCUACAAGACCCUGGAGGAGGAGCUGCGUCUGCAUCAGUGCUCCACACGCGAGUGCAUUGAACAGUACUACCUGGACAAGCUCAAGCAGGCCCCACAGAGCCGCUUCGGGCGUCUGAGUGUCCGCUGCCACUAUGAGGUGGCUGAGCAGCGGCUGGUGGUGGGGGUGCUGCACGCAGCUGACCUGCUGCCCCUGGACGCUAAUGGUCUGAGCGACCCCUUCGUGAUUGUGGAGCUGGGCCCCCCACACCUCUUCCCGCUGGUGCGCAGCCAGAGGACGCAAGUGAAGAGCCGCACGCUGCAUCCCGUAUUCGACGAGCUCUUCCACUUCUCGGUGCCCGCAGAAGCCUGCCGCCGCCGUGCUGCCUGCGUGCUCUUCACUGUCAUGGACCAUGACUGGCUCUCAGCCAAUGACUUCGCCGGGGAGGCGGCCCUGGGCCUGGGUGGCAUCAGCGGGGUGGCGAGGCCCCACACUGGGGGCAGCCCAAGGACAGGGCAGCCUGUCACGCUGCACCUGCGCCGGCCUCGGGCCCAGGUGAGAUCUGCGCUGCGUAUGCUCGAGGGCCGCCCCAGCAAGGAGGCGCAGGACUUCGUCCGGAGGCUGAGGGAGCUGGAGAAGUGCAUGGAGGCCGACCCCUGAGCCCGCAUUGUCGGGGCGCUGUGUGUGCUGUGUCACGUGUUGGUGUGUGUGCACGUCACCCCCUGGCCCAACCAGCCCUCCCCCGAAUUGGACAGCAGCCCCA